AAAUAAUAGCCGUAGUACCUGCAUAAUUAGGCUAUUAAUAAACAAAUAACAGUUCCCUGCGAUAACUGUUGGAGUGUUUAAUCGAUACAGUGCCUUAGACUCACAUGUUUGUCGAGAAAUGUCGCCCGAAAUCAAUGGAAACCCGCCAAGUGUUAUAAAACGUAAGAAAAACCGCGAUAAGAAGUCGUCAGUGGCGAAUAACAUGAACUCCUUCGAUUUAAACGUGCCUAAUAGCACCUAUUUUCCCUCUACUAUGCCGCAAUACCAUAACAACAGCAUCCCAGACAUAUCUGCAUAUUACUCCUUUGUAAACAACUCCAACCCAUCUGGACCCAUGUCUCUCCCGGUUUUUCCCGUUAAUUACCCCAAUUACUUCCCGCCUAACCCCAACAUCAACUUCAUGGGGACGAUGAGCACCCCCAAACAUGCCACACUACCAAAUAACCUUAUGGUGAAUGGGGACAACAGCGAGUAUUUGAGUCUACCCGUUGUGAACUUAGAUCAGACUGACGAACCCAGCAAAAGACGUUUUUCCGACCCAGGACUGCCGAAUGAAAGUGACACCAGCUCAAAUUCCUUUGAUGAGCAAUUAGUUGAGAAGCUUACUUAUCAAGUUGGUUCUCUGCAAGAGCAGAAUAGGAAGUUAUCGAAAGAAGUGAUGGAAAUGAGGAUCGAGCUCAAUAUUUUGAAGCAACAGCAGAGUUUGAGGCAUUACGACAGGGAUUAUGAACCCGGGAUGUUAUCGGAUAUUAUUAGAGAAGUAAGAGAUGCUGCUAGAGUUCGGGAAGAUGCUUUGAUUGCCAGAGUAAAGCAUAUGAUUGAAGAGAGGCAAUUAAGCAUGAAUCAUAUGCAAAUGGUUAGUGAGAAAAACCGAAAUAAUGACAGAAUAUUAAAAUUAGAGGAGCAACUAAAGAAUUUAGCUGUAAGCCAAAGAGUUCCAGAACCGUCGGCCGCAGAGCUGGCUUCGAAUUCGGCACGUCAAGUUCUCGAACUGGAAAGAGAAACCCUAGAUUUAAGGAGAGAAUUGCAGGACACCAGAGCUAAAAAGGAAGAAGCCGAUCAAAAAUUAUUGCAGUUGGACAAAAAGUACAACACUAUCCUCCAUCGGAAUGGUAUCAGUAGGAAUUCGGAUUUGUCGGAAAACGGGAAAACCUCUUCCAUGACGUCCAUGGAUUCCAAUACGACGGCAUCAUCGGUAACCACGCAUCUGCCAUUAAGGGUGACUUUGUCAGGGCCUGUGACAGAUUUAUAGUUGGUCAGAAU